CCAAGCCAUGGACGAGCCUCCCGGGGAGCCCCCGGGCCGGGAUGGACCUCGGGAAGGGCAGGAGCAGCACAGUCCUGAGCAAGACUCCCAGCAGUCAGAACCGGAACCGCCUUCCCAUGGGUACCUGGGGGUAGGAGAAGGGUCUGAUGAGCCAAACCGAGACCCCCACCAAGCACAGGACGGAACAGGAGGUGUCGCCCAGGCUCCUGCACCAGGACAAGCCCCAUAUCAAUCGCAGACCCCAACCGAACACCUUCAGGGAGCAGAACAAGCCUCUCACAAGCCACAGGUACCAGAAAUAAAUGUCACCCAGAGGUACAGGCUGGAAGAAGACUCUUAUCGGGCACAGGAGGCAAAGCAAAACAUGCAUCAGUCAUACACACCAGAAGUAGACCCUUACCAAGCACAAGAACCAAAAAGUGCCUAUCACACCGAUGCAGGAGAAGAUCUCUAUCAAGCAUAUGAACGUGGGCAUGGCCCCUACCAGCCACAUGAACCAGGUUAUGGUCUUUAUCAGCCAGGAUACAGUCCAUACGAUGAUCAGAUACCAGAUCCUGAAUCCCGAAUGCUGGCAAUCCAGAAUGCAAAAGCCUAUUUACUGAAGAGCAGCACAACAUCUGGCCUGAACUUAUAUGAUCAUCUUGCUAAUAUGCUAACAAAGAUCCUGGAUGAACAGCCCACAAAUGCAGUAGACAUAAUUGAGAAUAUCAGCAAGGACGUGAAGUGUGCUCAGUUUCGGAAAAAAAUGGACACUCUUCGAGAUGAACAUGAGAUUCUUCCAACAACUGAAGCUGCAGAAGUGCGUAAAGCGUUGUUCCUCAAGACAAAUGCAGAAGGAGAUGAAGAACUGGAAGAAGAGAUAGGAGAGACCCCUCUACCUAAUGUGAUGGAAACAGCCUUUUAUUUUGAACAGGCUGGAAUUGGCUUGAGCAAAGAUGAAUCCUAUCAUAUUUUCCUUGCCCUAAAAAAACUAAUUAGUGCUCAGCCAAUCCAGACCUGUCGCUUCUGGGGCAAAAUUUUGGGCCUGGAGAUGAACUAUAUUAUAGCUGAAGUACAGUUCCAGGAGGGAGAAGAGGAGGAGGAAACAGAAGAGGAAGACGUUAUUGAGGAAGGAGAGAAAGAGACGGAUGAGUUUGAAGACACAGAUGAGGAGAAAGAAAAAGAUGAACCACCAAAGUCUACCUAUAAGCCGCCACCAGUCAUCCCAAAAGAGGAAAAUGGGACAGGGGCUAAUAAAUAUGUCUACUUUGUCUGUAAUGAGCCAGGCAAACCAUGGGUGAAGUUGCCUCCAGUGACACCAGCCCAGAUUGUCUGUGCCAGGAAAAUCAAGAAGUUCUUCACUGGCAGGCUGGAUGCUCCCAUUGUGAGCUUUCCUCCUUUCCCUGGAAAUGAAGCUAAUUACCUGCGUGCACAGAUAGCUCGGAUCUCAGCAGGAACCCAGGUCUCUCCCAUUGGAUUUUACCAGUUUGCAGAGGAAGAAGAUGAAGAGGAGGAAGGAGGAAGAGAUACAUAUGAAGAAAAUCCUGAUUUUCAGCCUCCUUCUGUGGCUGAAAUGGUGGAUUCUCUCUCCCUGUGGGUACACCAUUCACAGAGUAUUCUACCACAGGGUCGCUGUGUUUGGUUUAAUCCUUCUCAAAAAUCAGAGGAGGAAGAAGAAGAUGAAGAGGAGGAGAAAUCAGAGGAGGCAGACAAACCACAGCAAGAAGUAGGACCUUCUCUUCUCACUCCACUUUCUGAAGAUGAAGAAAUUGAAAACAUCCCUGCUUGGACAGCUCGGCUUUCUACAGACCUGAUCCCAGAACAUGCUGUUGCAAUCCUCCAGUCGAACCGAUGGCCUGGAGCAUAUACCUUUGCAUCUGGCAGGAAAUUUGAGAACAUCUACUUUGGCUGGGGCCACAAAUACAGUCUGGAGAACCACAGUCCUGAACUACCUCCACCAGUACAAGCUGAAUACCCCAGUGGGCCAGAAAUCACUGAGACAAGUGACCCCACUCUGGAAGAGGAACUAGCUUUCAAGGCUGCCCAGGAAGAAGCCUUAGCUGCAUCUGAGGAAGAGGAAGAGGAAGAAGAGGAAGAGGAUGCAGAGGAUGAUGAAAAGGAGGAUGAUUAA